UUUUCGCCUCCGCUCUAUUGAAAGGUCUCCAUUCCUACUGAAUGCUCCUUUACCGAGCAGAGGACUAGCUUUAUUUUUUUUAGACUGGCAAAGCGUCCCAAUGUCACUACCAAUCCAUCAAAGCUUUGGCCUUCCACCAAAUCCUUUCAGACUUCUCCCCUUGGGGCUCUCUCUUGGCUACUUUCGCUCCUAAGACAAAGAACCACCAGCGGCUCCACCUAGUUUCCCCGGUAGCCUACCAGUGAGAACUACUAGAUGUAGCUGUGAUACGAGUAUGUGUUUGUGACUAAGUAGCACAAUUUGACGCCAAAAACAAAGUUCCCAUUUUUCGUUUUCAUUCCAUGAAUUACGUAAAAGCAUGUACGAGGAUAAACGGCAUCGGAACUUUGGCAUCUCCAAAACGACACUUUCAGGUCGAUGCUUCCAUCAUCAAGACAGGCUUCGACCCCACAACGUACCGUUCCAAUUUCCAGGUGAAGACUCUUCUACAACGUGGGGAUUUGGAUGCAGCACUCAAACUGUUCGACGAAAUGCCUCACAAGAACACCAUCUCCACCAACACCAUGAUCAUGGGUUACAUCAACUCUGGCAAUCUUUCCACUGCUAGGAGCAUGUUUGACAGCAUGCUUCACCGCACGGUUGUUACAUGGACAAUGCUGAUCGGUGGCUAUGCUCAGAACAACCAGUUCCGUGAAGCCUUUGGUCUCUUCGCUGAAAUGUGCAGGCAUGGCACGGUUCCGGAUCGUGUCACCUUGGCCACUCUCUUGUCUGGGUUCACUGAAUUUGAAAGUGUCAAUGAAGUGGGACAAGUGCAUGCCCAGGUUGUCAAGUCAGGGUAUGAUUCCACCCUCAUGAUUUGCAACUCUUUGCUUGAUUCUUACUGUAAGACGCGUAACCUUGGCUUGGCUUGUCACCUCUUCAAGCAAAUGCUGGAAAAAGACACUGUCACUUUCAAUGCAUUGUUGACGGGGUACUCCAAAGAGGGGUUCAAUCAUGAUGCCAUAAACCUAUUUUUCAAGAUGCAGGAUUUGGGGCUUAGGCCAACAGAAUUUACUUUUGCUGCGGUUUUAACUGCAGGGAUACAGUUGGAUGAUAUAGAAUUUGGGCAACAAGUUCACAGUUUUUUGGUGAAGUGUAAUUUUGUGUGGAAUGUGUUUGUGGCUAAUGCUUUGCUUGAUUUCUACUCUAAGCAUGACCGUGUUGUUGAAGCUAGUAAACUUUUUGAUGAGAUGCCGGAGGUGGAUGGUAUCUCUUACAAUGUGCUUGUCACAUGCUAUGCAUGGAAUGGAAGAAUGGAAGAAUCUCUUGAACUUUUCAGGGAGUUACAGUAUACUAGAUUUGACCGGAGGCAAUUCCCAUUUGCUACCUUGUUAAGUAUCGCUGCAAAUGCUUUGAGCCUGGAAAUGGGUAGGCAAAUCCAUUCCCAGACUUUAGUAACAAAUGCCAUUUCAGACAGUCUGGUUGGAAAUGCUGUGGUUGACAUGUAUGCUAAAUGUGGCAAAUUUGGGGAAGCAAAGAGGAUUUUUGCAGAUCUGGCUCAUCAAAGUUCAGUUACAUGGACAGCCCUGAUCUCGGGUUAUGUUCAGAAGGGACUCCAUGAAGAUGGCCUAAAGCUAUUCAUUGAGAUGCAAAGAGCCAAAAUAAGUGCUGACUCGGCUACUUAUGCCAGCAUCUUAAGAGCCUGUGCGAAUCUAGCUUCACUGACACUGGGAAAACAGAUACAGUCUCAUAUUAUCAUAUCCGGAUGCUUUUCAAAUGUUUUUUCCGGGAGUGCACUGGUUGACAUGUAUGCAAAAUGUGGAUCAAUAAAAGAUGCACUUCAAAUGUUUCAAGAGAUGCCUGUGAGGAAUUCUGUCUCCUGGAAUGCACUGAUUUCAGCUUAUGCACAAAACGGAGACGGCGACCAUGCUCUUAGAUCAUUUGAGCAAAUGGUUAAUUCAGGUCUGCAACCAAAUUCCGUUAGCUUCCUUAGCAUUUUAUGUGCCUGCAGCCACUGUGGUCUAGUUGAAGAAGGACUACGGUACUUUAACUCCAUGACUCAAGUGUAUAAACUUGUACCAAGAAGAGAGCAUUACGCAUCAAUGGUUGAUAUGCUAUGUCGCAGUGGAAGAUUUGAUGAGGCUGAGAAAUUGAUGGCUCUGAUGCCUUUUGAAGCGGAUGAGGUAAUGUGGACAUCAGUUCUCAACUCAUGCAGGAUCCAUAAGAAUCAAGAGUUGGCAAAGAAAGCAGCAGACAAACUAUUCAAUAUGGAGGUCCUUAGAAAUGCUGCUCCAUAUGCUAGCAUGUCCAAUAUCUAUGCAGCAGUUGGUGAAUGGGAGAAUGUGGGAAAGGUGAAGAAGGCAAUGAGAGAGCGAGGGGUUAGAAAGGUGCCAGGAUACAGUUGGGUUGAAAUCAAACAGAAGACACAUGUUUUCUCAGCCAAUGACAUGUCUCACCCACAGAUGAAAGAGAUAACGAGGAAGCUUGAUGAACUGGAAGAGCAAAUGGAGAAACAAGGGUAUAAACCUGACUCAAGUUGUGCCCUUCACGAUGUGGACGAGGAAGUCAAGUUAGAGUCACUAAAAUAUCAUAGUGAACGCAUUGCCAUUGCCUUUGCUCUCAUUAGCACCCCAGAAGGGUCACCCAUAUUGGUAUUGAAGAACCUAAGAGCCUGUAACAAUUGCCAUGCUGCCAUCAAGGUAAUCUCCAAGAUUGUAAACCGGGAAAUCACCGUCAGAGAUUCAAGUAGAUUCCAUCACUUCAGAGAUGGAUCUUGUUCCUGUAAGGACUACUGGUAGAUUGUCUUUGUUUCCUCAACAAAAUCAUCGUUUUUGUUAGAAAAGGUAGAAAAACCUUUAUUAUGGGUUCGUUUUCAUUGCUAGAUCACACACUUUUCUUCUA